UGUUAUUCAAUUUUGUAUCCAAUAACUGUACCAAAUACACAAACUUCUUCACAGUGUUCCAAAAUUUUUUAUAUAAAAUGACUAGCUUUUGCCCGCUACUUCAUACGCGUGGGUUUUAGAUGUAGGAAAAUCAAUGAAAUAGACUACUUGAUGGCGUAUUAAGCAGAAAAUAAUAUAUAAAAACGUAAAUUAGGGGUGCAAGAGGCGAGCGAUCGAGAUAGGGAGAAUGACAGUAUUACAGCAGACAUUAGUAAGAUAAGAAGUAAAGAAUAACUAAAUGGGAUAGAUAAAUGAAACACUAGGUGUCAUGUCGUAUACGGAGGUCAAAAAUAUGACCUGGGAUAGAGCUGGCUGGAAGAAAAUGUAUGAAUUAAUUGCACCGACAACAGGAAACUCUUAAAUGAAAAGAAAGAAAAAAAGAACGUAAAAACGUCAAACAUCACGCACAAAAAUUAGCCUUCAGUACAUUAAAUACAGCAAAAUUUUCCGUUACAAGAAAAAACGUAUGAUACAUAUAUUCUGUAAUGUGUUGAGUUUGGUCAAGCGUUUGACAAUUACAAUGACUCCAAAGAAACCAAUUAGGCACAUCCGAGAGCUUACAGACAAGAACCCCGAACAUCUGCCGGAUAUAGCUUUGGCCGCUAUAAUAUCUUAUAAGAAACAGAAUGAAGUGAGCGAUUUUAUGAAUUACUUGCUCGAAGCCCUCGAGCGUAAUUGUACAUGGCUUAACAACGUUAUUGCUAAACAAAACAACUUCAAAUGUGCAUUUUUGACUGGAGCUGGUCCAAACCGUUUUCAAAUUCAAGAAAUUAUAUAUCCUUCUAAAGAAGAAGAAGACAUAAAAUUAGAAGUUGAAUUCAAAGACUCUGAAGAUUAUGAUAAGGUAGCUGUAGCAGCUCUUUUCAAAUUAUCAAACAUGGACUUAGAUUACUUGCUCAAGUAUAUUAAAACAAAGCUAUUUGAUAAUUCGAUAUUGACAGAGGAUUUAUUAAAGGGCAAAGCGCUGGGCAUCAGUUUUGCGGUCUUAAGGCCGUUGUCCGAGAAACAAUACUGUGUAAUGGAAAGGAUUGCUAUUGGUAGUUCCAUGAAAUGCAUGGUACCUAUGAAGAAGAGGCGAGAGGAAGAAAAACUGUUUAUUGGUCCUCCUAUAAAGAAGACCAGAUGGGUAGUUUAAUUCUGUUGCAUAAUUGCACCGUUAUUGAAUAGCGAAAUCAAAUGGACAGUCGUUAUGGUGCACCACGGUGUUAUGUAGCAUAUAAUGACAGCAAUUUGGAGCGACUGUAAAAUGCGGGGCUCAGUAAAUUAUACUCAUUUUUGCAAUGAUCGUUUCCGAUUACCUGUGAUGGAUAUGGUGCAUUUAUGUUGGAAUAUUUCAUUUCUAUAAGAAUUGCUUCAAAUAAGAUAUUAUGUGUUGUUAUAAAAAAAUAAACCCUCAUUAAAUCACUAUUUAAGUUCUCUAUAUCCGUAUUUUUAUUCUCGGCAGAUCAUGUGCUUAUAGAUGUUACAUUGUUUCUCAAAAAUUCUUCAAUUUUCAUAUACGAGUAUGAAGAUAUCUGAAUUAUUUGUGUACUACUUUGAAGCACCAUUCGCUAGAAUCAGGCAAAUUUUACAAAUUAUUUUUUGUUACAAUUGGCUAAAUUCUAAAAUACAUAUAUGACCUAUCUAGACAAUUCGAUAAUUUCAGAAAGGUUAUGAGUAUUGAAGAAAAAGCGUGAUAGAAUAUGAAAACGAGUUUUUCAAUUUCAACACUGAACUACCGGCUAAUAAUAAUGAAUGUUUACAAUACCUCCCGGUUGAACUAGUCGUUUUUCAUCUCAACCGGCCGGGCGUAACACAGAUCAAUAUCUCGGGAAUCAGGGCAGCCGUGCGCCGGCUAACUUAUAGCCUCAAAUCCUUCCACCAAUAACUUAUUACAAUAGCACUCUCUGUUACGCAACCGUGAAGAGUGAAACUAUAGUUUUUCCUGUUCUCCAUGAUUUGGAAGCCUUCCUAAAACGGCGGCAGUGCUUGCGAACUUUCCGAUCUGCUUAUCGGUGGACAUAAAUCAAUUUGAAUCAUGGCACAGCCUGAAUAUAAGUUGGGUCCCGCCUGAGCCCUUUUUCUAACUUGGGACCGACCAUACAGAUUAAGGGACCGCUGACCGUUGCGUAAUUGGUGUAAUAGUUAUGUGAUUUAUUAGAUUUAUGGAUUUAUG